CCUUUGGGCACAGUGCGCUUUGCUCGCGCUUGGCUCCCCGAGCAUAUAGUCAAAAGAGGAGAGUCCUUUGGGAAAGGGCGCAAAACACUUAAGUUUUAACAAGAAGGGGCAACGGCAAAAUCCUCUACGACCCUUAUCCUGAUUUGUAUUUCAUUUGUUUAAUUAUUUUAUUUUCCUUGGACGGAGUAAGAUUCAUUCAGAUGAGAAAAGCCAAACAGGAGAAAACUUGUUGGAGCAUGAUGACAUCUCAUGUUGCCCGCUCUAUCACGCUGUAAUAAGUCAGUCCCUGUCAUUUCUGCGAAUUGUCAACAUUAAAAUCUCUGGGCGAAGGAAAGAAGACGUAACUCAAACCUAUUUCGUUCCGGUUGUGUUUGCAAUUUCACGCUGACUGUUCUCCUUCUUUCUCUUGGAAUUGUUUCUUGAAACGUUCGUUAAUUCCGCCCCUGCCGUUCGUUCCGUUCACCCCCUGUGUGUGUGUGUGUUUGCGUGCGCCCUCGCGCGCGGAAUCUCUUCAGCUUCUCUGGUUCUCGGCGGCACGCGGACAGCGGAGAGCAAACAUACACGCGCCGCUAGUGCAGGUGGAGAGGGAGGGAGCGCGGAGAUCUGUAGUUCUGGGGGAAUUCUUCAUGUUCGGGAUACCGGAGAGUGUGCAGCGCGGCGGAAGCACUCUCAAGCAGGAGCCGCUUGGCGCCGGGAUGAAUGCCGUGAGGACGUGGAUGCAGAGCGCCGGCGUGCUGGACGCCAACACCGCCGCGCAGAGUGGAGUGGGUUUGGCCCGCGCGCACUUUGAGAAGCAGCCGCCGUCCAACCUGCGAAAAUCCAACUUUUUCCACUUCGUGCUGGCUCUGUAUGACCGACAGGGGCAGCCCGUGGAGAUCGAAAGAACAUCGUUCGUCGGAUUUGUGGAAAAAGAGAAGGAGACGACAGGAGAAAAAACGAACAAUGGGAUCCAUUACAGACUCCAGCUUCUGUACAGUAACGGCAUUAGGACGGAGCAGGAUUUUUACGUGCGUCUUAUUGAUUCAAUGACCAAACAGGCGAUCAUCUAUGAAGGUCAGGACAAGAACCCUGAGAUGUGUCGUGUGCUACUGACCCAUGAAAUCAUGUGCAGUCGGUGUUGUGACAAAAAAAGCUGUGGCAACCGGAAUGAGACCCCUUCUGACCCUGUGAUCAUUGACAGGUUCUUCCUGAAGUUCUUCCUGAAAUGUAACCAGAACUGUUUGAAGAACGCCGGUAACCCACGAGACAUGCGGCGCUUUCAGGUGGUAGUUUCGACCACAGUGAGUGUAGAAGGACAUGUUCUCGCAGUGUCAGACAACAUGUUUGUGCACAACAACUCCAAACAUGGACGAAGAGCACGGAGACUGGACCCUUCAGAGGGAACGCAGUCAUAUCUGGAACACGUAGCAGCACCUUGUAUCAAAGCCAUUAGCCCUAGUGAAGGAUGGACCACAGGGGGAGCUACAGUCAUAAUCAUUGGGGACAAUUUCUUCGAUGGAUUGCAGGUUAUCUUCGGCACCAUGCUGGUCUGGAGUGAGCUCAUCACCCCUCAUGCCAUCCGGGUGCAGACACCUCCUCGGCACAUCCCCGGUGUUGUUGAGGUUACGCUUUCCUACAAGUCAAAACAGUUCUGCAAAGGGACCCCAGGCAGAUUCAUUUACACAGCUUUAAAUGAGCCCACCAUUGAUUAUGGUUUCCAGCGGCUACAAAAGGUCAUCCCUCGACAUCCUGGAGACCCAGAGCGCUUGCCAAAGGAAGUCAUUUUGAAGAGAGCAGCAGAUCUGGUGGAGGCGUUAUACGGAAUGCCUCAUAACAACCAGGAGAUCAUACUCAAGCGGGCUGCUGACAUUGCUGAGGCACUCUACAAUGUACCACGCAACCAUAAUCAACUAACAGGGCUCACCAACAGCUCUGUCCAUGCCAGCAUGAUGGGGGUGAACUCCUUUACCGGACAAAUCACUGUUAACGUGUCUGAGACUUCUCAAGGAGGCAAUCAGGGCUUUAAUCGAAACACAAGCAGCGUGUCUCCUCAUAGUUAUGUGCCGAGCUCAACACCACAGCAGAGCAGCUACAGUACUGUGGCUACCAGCAUGAACGGCUAUGGCAGCACCACCAUGAGCAACCUGAGUGGAUCACCCAGCUUCCUCAAUGGCUCAGCAGCCAACUCUCCAUAUGCUAUUGUUCCUUCCAGUCCCACCAUGGCCUCGUCCACCAGUUUGCCAUCCAACUGCAGCAGCUCCUCUGGAAUUUUCUCCUUCUCUCCAGCUAACAUGGUGUCAGCAGUGAAGCAGAAGAGUGCAUUUGCGCCUGUGGUGCGGCCACAGAGUUCUCCUCCACCCACAUGCACCAGCACCAAUGCCAAUGGCCUCCAAGAUCAGUCUUUUGUGGACUCUAACAAGUACUCCACUGCCAGUGCACUCCAGGGCUUGGCGUUCUCCUGAACAACAGCAGCAGCAAUCCCUGGAAUGAUUGUUCCUCCUAUGUAGUGUGUGUGUGUGUGAGUGUGUGUGUGUGUGUGUGUGUGUGUGUGUGUGUGUGUGUGUGUGUGUGUGUGAGAGAGAGAGAGAGAGAGAGAGAGAGAGAGAGAUGGGGAAAGCCCAGGACACACUCUUUCCCAGUAAUGGCCUCUGUGUGUGUACAGAAGACUCCGGUUGUUGACUGACCCAACAGUUACUGUCUGAAGGAUCACUUUAAACUCAGGCCCUUUUUUAAAAACAGAAUCACAUUUGAAAUGAUAGAAUAAAAAACACAACCUGGACUAUUGUAUGAAGUUUUGGUGUUGAAGUUUGUAUGGAACUGUAUACAAUUUUUAAUACAAGGGGUACACACAGCUCUUAAACCCCACAACUAGAACAGUUCUAUUUAUUUGAAAUGUUGGUUUUUGGUUUAACAUUCAAUUUCUGUGUUUUUUUUGUGAAAGGAAAAUGAAAUGUGAGACAUAAGGGACAUGAGCUACAAUGUUUUCUAUUUAUGAUUUUGUAUGGUAAAUGAAGGAUUAUUGAAAACGAAGGCUAUAUGAAAACUUCACCCCCAACAUGGAACUUUAUUCAAAAGCCAAAUUAAUCAGAAAGUAGAAUUUACAAAAAGGGAGCAAAACAAAGAUGAAUUGCACUGAUUUUUCCUUAGCAUAAUUCACUAGCUAUGAACUUUACCGAUUCAGAUUGAUUUACAAAGUUUUUCAUGGUAAUCAGGGUCACACAAUGCAAAAAAAAGCCUUUUCUUAUUGUUAUCCCCGGCUAUGUAGAUUAAAUCGUAUUUCAUCACACCAUAUUUUCAUGUGAAAACUGUGAGGAACUACUAUUCCUCAGACAAAGUGAAUAAAAAAGAAUAGUUUAUUCAAAACUGUGAAUUGUGUUAAAGCUUAUUGCAAACAUAAAAUACAAUGCUUUUUGUGCCAUUGUUACAAGACCCUAAAUUUCAAUGGUUCAUUGUGUACAAACAACCAAGUUCAGUUAAGAUGAUUUUUCAAGACAUACAAAAAAGAUUAUGUGCCAGCGCAACAAUAAUCUCACAAUAAUAUAAAAUGCAAUACACAAACAAUGUGUGACCAUGCAGACUGAAAAGUAGAAACUUAACUACAUAAGUACAUUAUCUUUUCAUUGAAAACAAUCAACAGGAGAUUGUCUUUUUCAAGAAUUAAAUGCUGUUAGAAGUAAAUGUAAUGUAAUUAAUGUAAUGCAUUUAACUUACACCUGUGGACGUCAUGCCACACUGAAAUGCAAUCACUGACCAAUCACAGUGUCAUGCCUUAAUUGUUUUUAAGCUGGUUUCUUUUAUUUUUUUAUUUUUAGAUUAUUUUUGUAUUGUGCAUGUAACAUAUGCACAUGUAUUUCCUGCCCUGGAGAAUAUCUGAAGCUGAUCACUUCACAUUCAUUCAUUCAUUCAUUCAUUCAUUCAUUCAUUCAUUCAGAUUCAAUAAUCAGUUUACUCUGUUCACGGUCACUGUGGACACAAUCUUGGGAACUUAGGGAACAAGACAGUGAUACACCAUGGUUUCAGUUUUUUUAAUGAUUGUUAUUUCACAGUAAAAUUUAAUACACAGACAGCCUUGCAUUUUAUUAUUGAUGGGGACAAUGUCAACAGUCAAUUACGGCAUUGAUCAGUUUCACUGAGAAAUGUAAUCAUACUCCUCACUUACUUUGAUAUUAUGUCCAAUAAAUUCUGUACUCCUUGUUUACUUUGACACUGGUAAUACAACUAGAAUAUAUUCCUCUGAGGUGUGAGUAUAUAUUAUUAGGUAACUAAUGUGAAACUAUAAAUGUUAAUUUUGCAUGGAUGGAAAAAGUAAAGCUCAAACAACAAGGCACAGUUUUAACCACUUCUACAACUGCACCUCAGCGCCAUUCAGCAUGGCACAGAUCCUAAAUACUGGUGUAAGUACAUUACAGUACAAUCAGUUACAUUUAUGGCAUUUGGCAGAUGCUCUUAACCAGAGCGGCUUACAUUGAUAUAUUUUUAUACAACUGAGCAGUUGAGGGCUAAGGGCCUUGCAACAUGGCAGCUUGGCAGUGCUGGCAGUUGAACUCGUGACCUUCUGAUCAGUAGUCCAACAAUCAGUAGUGAUUGUUUUUCUUUAAUGAGAUAUGGUUGUUCUUUUCAGUGUGGAACAUGGCACUAAUAAGAAGCAAUGCCAUUAUUGUGUACCACUUAAUUUUAAUGUUUUUUCACUGUUGUGAUUACUGUGAUUGCUUUUAGAUCUGGCAUGGAGUCUUCUCCAGAGUUCUUCAAAAUAAUGUACUUCUUUUUUAAUGAAAGCUUUCAGGAUCUUGAAAUUAACUUCCUAUUCAAAGCUUUAAAUUCUCCAGAAAUCUCAAAUCAUCACCAAACAUCAAAUAGCAAAAACUGUCUAUGCAUCAAUGAUCAAGCCUAAAAUGCAAUAUUGCAAUUGUCAAAGAAAACAGUUGCCAAGCUAGAACCUCUACUCCUCUUUGCACACCAUUUUUAUUUCAGUUGCCAUGAGAUCUUUCUUUAAUACACAUACAAGAUACAAGAAUGCACAAAAUCAAAUUUCACUGCCCAGGGUUAUGCAUACCCUAAAAAUGUCUGAAUUAUUUUUUGCCACCAUUUACGAAGUGUUUAUAAAGGAAUGUGCUUUUCUGCCUAUGCCAUUUCUGAUUAAAAGUUUGCUUGAAUUUUCUUUAGAUAUUUUGUGAACAAACUGUGAUUUCAUUUGGUUUUUCAGUAGUAUAGUCCAUUAUAACCUAAGCAUACAAAUGCAGGAUUUGACUGUGAGAAUGUUUGGGAAAAGUUUAGAGUUAGUGUUAGCUGAUUUAAUGGGUUAAUGUUGGACCUAUGCUGUUUCUAAUUAAGGCAGGUGUUUACCAGAUUGGCUGAAUAAUACAUACUGUAAGAGGGGAAGAAUGAAUUAUCUGGAAUUAGAAUGAGAGCAGCUUGAGCACUGUGAAAGUUACAGCCCCCUCUUACUAAUCAUAGGAUAUCACAAUUAAUUCUUGCUAUAUUUUUGUUUUUUGUUUUUUUAAUGUCUCUUUGUACAAAUUAAUAAGUAUGCAAAUUUGUUUUGCUAGAUUUUCUCUUUUACUUUGCCAAAGUGAUUGUUUGAAAUAUAUUUAUACUUCAGAAAGAAGGCAGCUUUAUACAACUACUUGCAAUUAUACGUCUGAACUCAUGGAGCAUCAAGAUUUUAUCGAAAUGGAUUAUGUAAAAUACCCAUCUAGCAUAAUGUACAUUACACUUACAUUUUAUACAUUGCUUUUAUUUGUUGAUAUAUUCAUGAUUGUUAUGUUAUGAUGUGCAAUUUUUUUUGUCACAUUUUUGUCCAAACAUUGUGAUUUUCUGUCCUUCAUCAGUUUCAUGUUUAGGAUAACACUCAUAUUGUUAAUCCCAUGUACAUGAGGCCAAGGCUUUAUUUUUAUACCAUUUGUAAGUUAAUAAAACUUUGUCUUACAUUUUAUGUUA